GUAUACGUUAUAUCUCUUAAAUAAAGGAUUAGAACGACGCGCGAGCCGCCAUGUCGCUCAGUUGUACUCAGUUAGGCAUCCUUGGCACUUUGCCACCCCAAAAUACAAUCAUGGCAAGAAGGAAGGCACAAAUGCGAAUAUGGCUAGGUUAACUCAUUUGUACAGCAAAGUCAAAGAUAGUUUAUACGUUGUCAUACUCGGUCACACUCCAGUUUUCUUGGAUGGAAUGUGAUGGAAUGUGAAGUAAUAGCACGAAGCGCACGAAGUAAUGAUACCUGAAAAUUUCGUUGGACUCUUAUCGUGUAACGAAUCGAAAAUAACUAUCCAGUACGAAUCGAUUCUCGAAGCGAUGCUUGACAUAAGCGAAAACACUACAAGUAGAUGGGGCAAUAGCUGCCAAAGUACAGAGAUAUUUCAGUAAUUCUGUUAUGAGGAAGAUAUUUUAAUCGUCACAUCAAUGGAAACAUGAAGAAGGAAAAAACGGCUGAUAACAGCCGACCCUAUAAAUUAGCUCAUCAAAUUUUGAGCUUGACUGGAAUAAGCUUCCAACGGAAAAGCAUAAUUGGUUUCGUCGAGCUGACCAUCGUACCGCUCAGGGACACUCUACGCCUGAUUAAGCUAAAUGCCAAGCAAUGCAGAAUCUACCGUGUUUGUUUAAAUGACACUUACGAGGCGCCAUUUCAGUACUUUGAUCCAUUUUUGGACAUUUGUCAGGGGGAUGGAAAACAACGAUCCUUGGAAUUUUAUUCCACUCAUCAUUUGGCCGCUGCUCAGCGAGUCGACCCAGAUAACAACUCUGGUGAAUUAGUCAUUCAAGUACCACCAGAUGCUGCUCAUCUAGUCGGAGAAGGAAGAGGUCUGAGAAUAGGGAUUGAGUUUUCACUCGAACAACCACAGGGUGGGGUUCAUUUUGUAUUACCGGACUGUGAAGGAAAUUUAGCUGAGAGAGGGGCACACAUGUACACGUACAGCUAUGAAAACUCAUCUCGACUGUGGUUUCCUUGCGUCGAUAGCUUUGCCGAGCCUUGUACCUGGAAGCUGGAAUUCACAGUUGAUGAUUCAAUGACGGCAGUUUCUUGUGGAGACUUGGUAGAAGUUGUAUACACUCCAGACAUGCGGAGAAAAACGUUUCACUAUGUUUUAAACACCCCUGCAUGUGCUCCGAACAUCGCUUUAGCCGUUGGGCCAUUUGAAAUAUUUGUCGAUCCCUACAUGCACGAAGUCACUCACUUUUGUCUUCCCCAACUUUUACCGUCUCUCAAAGUUUCAGCAAAAUAUAUGCAUGAGGCCUUUGAGUUUUAUGAAGAAACUCUUUCAAAUAGGUAUCCGUACUCGUGCUAUAAACAAGUAUUCGUUGACGAAAUUGAUGAGGAUAUCAACGCCUAUGCAACAAUGAGUAUUUUGAACACAAAUUUAUUACACUCUACAGCGAUUAUUGAUCAGGUUUACAUCACCAAGAAGGCUAUGGCGCAGGCAAUUGCCGAGCAGUUCUUUGGGUGCUUUAUUUCAAUGCAGAAUUGGUCUGACACCUGGCUUCCUAAGGGGAUUUCAACUUACCUAACCGGGCUUUAUGCAAAAAAAUGUUUUGGUAACAAUGAAUAUCGUGAAUGGGUUCAAUCGGAGUUGCAAGAAGUGGUUAAGUAUGAGGAGCAGUUUGGAGGAAUAAUAUUGGACCCCUCCCAACCGCCAGCCCCCUUGCCUAUUGCUGCUAACACGCCAGCUCCGGUACCAAGGGUCCCAGAUCCAGGGUUUUACUUUCCGAUCAGAAAUCUCCACACCAUGUCGCCUAAGUACAUCGAGGUACUACGGAAGAAGGCACACUUGGUCAUUAGAAUGUUGGAGCACAGGAUCGGACAAGAACUUCUUUUGCAGGUGUUCAACAAGCAAUUAUCUCUGGCCGCCAAUGCUGCGCAGCAGAAAAUUGACUCUGGCUUAUGGUCGCAUAUGCUGAUCAGCACAAAUGUAUUUACAAAGGCGAUUUUUACAGUCACCGGUAAAGAUAUGGCUGUGUUCAUCGAUCAGUGGGUCAGAACAGGUGGUCAUGCGAAAUUCAGCCUUAGCUUCGUUUUCAAUAGAAAAAGGAAUACCGUAGAGUUGGAAAUUCGUCAAGAUACAACAAACCAGAGAGGCAUAAGAAAAUACGUUGGCCCUUUACUGGUGAACAUUCAAGAACUGGAUGGUACUUUUAAACACACGCUACAGAUUGAAGGCACUGUCGCUAAAGCAGAUAUAACUUGCCACAGCAAAAGUAGACGAAAUAAGAAGAAAAAGAUUCCUCUCUGCACUGGAGAAGAGGUCGAUAUGGAUCUGUCAGCUAUGGACGAUUCACCAGUACUCUGGAUCCGAUUAGACCCGGAAAUGACGCUUAUGCGAGCGGUGCAAAUCGAGCAACCUGAUUAUCAGUGGCAAUAUCAAUUAAGACAUGAAAGAGACGUUACUGCUCAAUUGGAGGCCAUCGAGGCUCUUCAAAAUCAUUCUACUCCUGCUACUAGAUUAGCUUUGACUGAUACGAUUGAAAACGAACAUUGUUAUUAUAAAGUCAGGUGUCGAGCCGCUCACUGCUUGACAAAGGUGGCUAACGCAAUGGUCGCGACAUGGGCUGGUCCUCCAGCUAUGUUGGCAAUUUUUAGAAAAUUAUUCGGCUCUGCAUCUUGUCGAAGAAUUAUAAAGCAAAAUAACUUCACUAAUUUCCAGCAUUAUUUUCUACAGAAGACAAUACCCGUCGCUAUGGCUGGCUUGCGCAACGCACAUGGCAUAUGCCCGCCAGACGUCUUGACUUUUUUGAUGGACUUAUUCAAGUAUAAUGACAAUAGUAAAAAUCGCUACUCGGACAAUUAUUAUAGAGCUGCUUUGGUUGACGCCUUAGGGGCGACUGUUACUCCAGUGAUCAGCGUGCAACAAGGCACGGCUAUUACUGCAGAGUCGCUGUCGAUAGACACAAAAGCCAUUCUUGAAGAAGUAACGAGGAAUUUGAAUUUAGAGAAACUGCUGCCAUGUUACAAGUACACGGUCAGCGUCGCGUGUUUGAAGGUCAUAAGAAUAUUACAGAAAUUUGGACAUUUACCUAGUAAUCCGCAUUUAUUCAGAGCUUACGCUGCAUAUGGACAAUUUAUUGAUGUUCGGUUAGCUGCAUUGGAAGCAUUGAUAGACUUUACAAGAGUAGAUGGCAAAUGGCAGGAUAUGGAGUUCUUACUCGACAUGGCAGAAAUGGAUCCUCACCCUGGGGUGCGGCACAGAUUAGUUAGGCUGAUUGUGGAAAACCCACCAUUUGAAAGAGCCCAUAAACAUAGACUGGACAAACCUGAUCUUGUCGAUCGUAUUUGGAAUUUGAUCAACGGCAUGCUGUCUCACGAUACAAAGCUGAGGUGCGACUUGGUUGAUCUCUACUAUACCUUGUAUGGCAGUAAACGACCUCUCUGUAUACCAAUUCCAGAGCUUGCGGCCAUCACCAAACCGAGAAAAGUCGGACCUCAUAUUAGCCCAGAGCGUGAUAUACAACCAAACCCGGUCAAUGUGAACCUCGAAACUCCACCUGACAUUGAGGUCGUGCUUGUUCAGAAUAAAAGGAAAGCUUCUCCGAGUAAGGACCUACCUGGUCCGUCUAAUAACAUGUCUUCUGAGUGUGGCCCUGAAGCUAAAAAACAAAAGGAUGAUAAAACCCCGGGAUCAAACGAGGGUAAAGUUAAAUCGGAAUACUACAGUGACAACUCUGCAUCCUUGCCAGGAAUUAUGGGCACGCAGGGCCCUGUUGGUUUCGAGCCUGGGAUGUUCAAGAAAGAACAGGAGGACCACAAACAUAAGGGAGAUUCUGCAAAUAAGGGUAAGAAGAAGAAGAAAGACAAGAAGAAGCACAAACAUAAACACAAGCAUAAACAUGAUCACAAGCAUGGAAAAGACAAGGAUAAAAAAGAGAAGGAUAAAACUAAAGAUAAAGAUAAGGACAAGGAAAAGGACAAGGACAAAGAUAAAGACAAGGAUAAGGACAAAGAAAAGGAUAAGGACAAAGAUAAUAAUAAAAGCAAGGAUAAGGAUUCAAAUAAUCUCAAAAUUAAAGAUGAGACCUUAAGUUCGGCUAGCUCGAGUCCAAGUCCAGACGCGAGUACUGUUACAUUAGAAUUCGUUUUCCCAUGAGAACAGAAUAUUUUUAUUCCAGAUAAAACAAUUACUUACCAAAUAAUUAUUGUAUUAAAUACCUUUGUACGCUCUUUUAUGCACAAUAGAAUUUUUUUUUUCUUAUGA